AUGACAGAGUCCAUUGAUUUUCUGCUCACGGAACAAUCAUUCACCAUCGACGCGAUCAAUCGCAGUUUGGUGAAUGUCAAGAAGCUGUCCAAAGCACAGACAACUGUAAUCAAACUGGAGAGCCGAUUGAAGAAGCUUCACGAUCAAUGGUCAUCGUGCAAGGCUAUUCAUGUGAGGAUUCUGCAUGCAGUCACGCCCAAGGAAAAAAGCGAACUUCCAUACUUCGUCAAGGAGGAAUUCUAUGCUGCGGAAGAAACGUAUGACGUCACCGUGGACCUGAUCAACGAAGCCAUCAAAAAGCUAAGUCCAACCCCUCCUACGCAUAAUACGAGCGAUCGAUCGUCUAUUUUUGAUUCCGACACGCGUCGUCCGAUACAUUUGCCGCGCAUUUCAUUGCCUAAAUUCUCCGGCAAAUUUACGGAGUGGGAAAAUUUUAAAGGUAUUUUCGAGUCAUUAGUGACUAAUAACGAUUGUCUGUCAAAUACAGAAAAAUUACACUAUUUAAAAACAAGUGUCACCGGUGACGCAGCGCGAUUAAUAGCGAAUAUUCGAAUUGCGGAUGAAAACUAUGCUGCUACGUGGCAACUGCUAACCGACGAAUACGACAAUAAGUUUGCGAUCAUUCAAUCUCACAUCCAUGCAUUUGCGGAACUCCCGAUAAUGCGAUCGGAAACCGCCGCGGAAUUACGCCAACUUCGCGACUCAGUAGCAGCAUCUCUCGCUGCUUUAGACAGCCUUGAUCGGCCGGUCAAAUCAUGGGAUGAUUUACUCGUUUAUUUGAUAUCACGCAAAUUUAGUUCUAAAACUAAAACCGAAUGGAAUUUAAAAUGUGGUAGCCUGUCGGAAUGCCCGACUUAUAAAGAAAUUCAUGAUUUUAUGACCGUACGCAUCCGUGGACUGACCGAUCAGGGCAUGUCAAUAGAAAAUUCGGCGUCCAAUUCUCGCAAUGGAAAACCGCGCGGUACCGUCAAUAAUGUAAUUACAUUAAACUGCGUUGAAUGUUCCGGAACUCAUUGGCUUUCGAAAUGCGAUAAAUUUCUCGCACGAUCGAUAGAUCAACGAAUUAAUUUUAUCGACCAGAAACAGUUGUGUCGAAAUUGCUUCCGGAAAGGUCAUUCCGCGAACGUCUGUAUGUCACGAGGUCGAUGCUUACGAUGUCAGAAACGACAUCACACGACAUUACAUAAAUUAUUUAAAGCCGAAUCGAAGGAUGACGCGUCUCAGCAAUUACCCGACACGAAAUCAGAGACACUCGUACAAAGGGCGUCUCCCGUCACAGCUACGGUACAAUCCGUAUCGCCGAAAACGCGCUCGCCUGCGAAUAUUCUCCUCGCUACUGCGUGGGUAAUCGUGCGGACACAAGAAGGACGUACUACACUGGUGCGUGCCCUUCUGGAUCAGGGAUCCACAUACAGCUUCAUAAGCGAAUCUUUAUGUCAAACGUUGCGAACCAGGCGUCAACGCGCUAAUCUGCAGAUUCGAUGCUUCGGGGAAAAAUACAGCGGGUCGGCUCGCUCGCGGGUUCACAUAUCUCUCUCUCCAAGUUUCAAUCCGCGAAAAUCCGUCUCGUUAUGGGCAUACGCCUAUGAAAAAAUCACUUCAUACGCUUCCUCUCAGAUCCGGGAAAUAAAUUCAUGGCCACAUUUGCGCGGAUUGCAACUUGCAGAUCCUGAUCCGUCGAGCGCCCACCAAAUUCAUUUACUAAUCGGGGCCGAUUUAUACGGUGCUCUGCUAAUCGGUGACAUUCGUCAUGGCCCGCCUGGGACCCCGACAGCGCAGUCCACUCUGUUCGGCUGGAUACUCUCCGGACCAACAGGCCCCACGGAUGCAACUCAUCCUCCGGCUGACGUUCACAAUUGCGUCGUUGAAGACGACCUCGCUCCCGUCAUCCAACAAUUCUGGACAGACGAGACAAUUUCUGAUUCCAAGCCUCCGCUAACGGAGGACGAACAACGUUGUGAGCAACAUUUUGCUGCAACUCACAAGCGCGACGUACAUGGCCGCUACGUGGUACGAUUGCCGUUUAAGAAUGGCUCACCGCCGAGUAUAGGUGAAUCAUUUCAAAUCACUUCAGUGCUUCACGCCAAAUUAACAAAUCGGCUGUCACGACAGUCUGAAAUUAGAACGCUCUAUCAUGCGUUUUUAGCAGAUUACGAGGAGCUGGGUCACAUGACCCAGAUCAAACCCUCCACUUCUAAUCUUUCGGACGCGGCUUACAUACCGCAUCAUGCUGUCCUUCGCGAACACAGUACCACCACGAAACUACGCGUGGUGUUCAAUGCUUCCUGCCGUACAUCAAACGGCACUUCAUUAAACGACCAUCUUAUGAUCGGUCCAAAACUCCAACAAGAUUUAGCCGCAAUAGUUCUUCGCUGGCGAUUAUUUCAAUACGUGUACACAGCUGACAUAGCGAAAAUGUACAGACAAAUCUCGGUCCAUCAUGAAGAUCGAGAUUAUCAGCGAAUACUGUGGCAACCCCCGGGUUGUGCACAUAUCAAUCACUACCAAUUAAAUACCGUUACAUACGGCACCGCUUGUGCUCCAUAUUUAGCCAUGCGCGUAUUGCAACAACUAAACGAGGAUGACGGGCACGAGUUCCCCCUCGCACAAACGAUUUUUCGCGACUCAAUCUACGUUGAUGAUACUCUCUUCGGCGCGGAUGAAAUCUCCGACGCCAUCAAAACUCGAGAUCAACUCAUUGCGCUCAUGAAGCGUGGCCAGUUUGAUCUACGCAAAUGGACUGCAAACUCUUCGGAGUUGCUGGCAGACAUUCCGCUUGAUAGGCGGCAAUCGGAUCUCGCUAUUAAAAGCGAUGACUCACUGAAGGUGCUUGGGCUGUCUUGGUCGCCGCACACUGAUUCAUUCUGUUUUAAGGUAUCUUCUGGCACCUCUGGUGCGAACACAAAACGCUCAGUCUUGUCGUUGAUUGCAAAGCUAUACGACCCACUCGGAUGGGCGUCGCCCGUAGUAAUUACGGCUAAAAUUUUGCUUCAAGAGCUCUGGCUCGCAAAAAUCGACUGGGACGAUCCGCUCCCCCCUGAUCUUCUCCAGCACUGGAUUUCAUACUAUUCUGAUUUACCCAAGCUCGAAACAAUUAAAAUUCCACGAUGGACAGGUUCGCAUCGAGAUAAUUUAGGAAUGGAACUACAUGGUUUUGCCGACGCAUCAAAGCGUGCGUACGCCGCUAUGGUGUAUUUGCGCGUUCUCAGAUCCUUUGACGACGUUCAGAUUACGUUGCUAUGCGCUAAAACCAAGGUUGCGCCUCUUAAGACGCUCAGUAUCCCUAGACUUGAACUCAACGCAGCAGUUUUACUCAGUCGACUGAUUAAAUGGAUUUAUCGGUCUUUCAAUCUGUCAAACGUUCCUGUGUACGGUUGGACGGACUCCACUGUUACCCUAGCUUGGAUAACUCAACACCCUUCAAGGUGGCGUACUUAUGUCGCCACUCGCGUAUCGGAAAUCCAAACCACUCUUCCCACAAUUAAAUGGCAUCAUGUCAAAUCAGCUGAGAAUCCGGCAGAUUGCGCCUCGCGCGGCUUGUCUGCUACCGAAUUUAUGAAUCACUCUUUGUGGUUUUCUGGACCGUCCUGGCUCCGCACUCAUUCUUCGACGUGGCCAAUUCAAUCGACAAGCAAAGACAUAUCGAUUAACGCUUUACUGGAGGAAUCCUCCUCGGCGUCGGUGCAUCUUACCGACAAUGUCACUACAUGGAAUCUCCCGAACGACAUUUCAACAUGGACAAAAUUGAUACGGGUUACAGCAUAUCUAUUUCGAUUUGUAACCAAUUUACGCAACCGAUUACAGGGGACUUCAUUGAAUCUUUCGUCUUUAGAAGCGGCCGAACUCCAUCAUGCCGAACACUUUUGGCUUGAACAAGUUCAACGCCAACUGUUUUCUUCAGAAUUGUCAGCGUUAAAACGAAAAGUUUCUAUUUCAAAAUCAAGCCGACUAAGCUCGUUACGCCCAUUUCUUGGGCAAGAUCAAUUAAUACAUCUAGGUGGGCGGUUGAAGAACGCUCUGUUGCCCUAUUCGGAAUGUCACCCGAUCAUUCUGGCUGAUCAUCGAAUCGUACAGUUGCUGAUUGCUAAUGCACAUACGGCCGCCCUUCAUGGCGGCACUCAGUUAACGCUUCGCAUAUUACGGCAACGUUAUUGGAUAAUUUCCGCUCGUUCUCAGGUUAGAAAGUACAUUCGAAGCUGCAUUACUUGUGAGCGGCACCGAGCCGUCACCGCAGACCAACUCAUGGGUCAAUUGCCCGAACACAGAGUUGCGCCGUCCGCAUCGUUCACCUGCACCGGCGUUGAUUAUGCCGGACCAAUACCCUUGACCUUGCGGGCAGCGCGCGGUCAAAAGACCAUGAAGCACUACAUUGCAAUUUUUGUAUGCUUUACUACUAAGGCAAUUCAUCUCGAAUGUGUAGAUAAUUACUCGACAGAAGGUUUUCUCGCUGCCCUGUCUCGCUUUACAAGUCGACGUGGGCUUCCAUCCCACAUUUACAGUGAUAACGGCACUUCAUAG